GAUACGGUGGCUGUACCAGGACAAUCUAAUUCACGCGCUUCUUAGCCUGUGCCUUGAAGCUGAUAGGCUACCACCCACGAAGGUUGCUGGGAGAGCAAAAAAGAUGGCGGCGGCCUUGGUGGCGUGCCGGGGCGUCGCCGGAGUCUGCAGCCUCAGCAGCUGGCUCCGAGUCGGGAGGUUACUGGCAUCUUGCAAUGUGCCGCUUCUGUCAAAUAUCCAUACAAGUACUCUUGGGGAUAUUGGAAGAUGGGAAAAGAAGAAUAGAGUGGUUUAUCCUCCACAGCAACCAGGAGAGCCGCGAAGACCAGCGGAAAUAUACCACUGUCGAAGAGCAAUUAAAUACAGCAUGGACAAGAUGUGGUAUCUGGCAAAAUUGAUACGGGGAAUGAGCAUAGAUCAGGCACUAGCUCAGCUGGAAUUCAGCGAUAAAAAGGGAGCAAAGGUGAUCAAAGAGGUCCUUCUGGAAGCUCAAGAAAUGGCAGUGAGAAAGAAUAAUGUGGAAUUUAAAUCCAAUUUAUACAUUGCUGAAUCUUUCUCCGGAAAAGGCCACUAUUUGAAAAGGAUCCGUUACCAUGGCAAAGGCAUGUUUGGCAUUAUGGACAAAGUCAAGUGUCAUUACUUUGUGAAACUAGUAGAAGGCCCACCUCCACCUCCAGAGCCACCAAAGACUGGGUUUGAUCAAGCUAAGGAGUACGUGCAGCUUCUUCGUAACCGAACUAUUAUUAACUCACUGUAAUCUACACUGUGUGUGUUUUCCUCUUUGAUAAAUGUGUAAAUAAAGUAAAAUUUAUAAAUGA